AUGCGUGGUGACGUUGCGGAGACCGGAAGUGGCUCUUGCGCAGGCGCACGAGGCGCCGCGGGGAACGUGGAGCGAGUUGCUAGGACAGACCGAGCGGGUGUCCUUGGAGACAUUGUCUACACCCUGUACACCAUGGCCCUGGCAGCAGUUCGGGCGGCCUUUUCCAGAGCGGUGCUGGCACACACAACUGCCUCCAGCUGGCAAAUGACACUUCAGAGAGGAGCUCUAGGUUGCAUUUGUCAUAAGUCGACGUACACACCUCUUCCAGAGGACUACAAUUGUAAGGUGGAACUCGCGUUGUCAUCAGACGGCAGAACAAUCGUCUGUUACCAUCCUUCUGUGGACGUUCCUUAUGAGCACACCAAACCCAUAAUUAGACCAGAUCCUGUGGAUAACCAAGCAGAGACACAUGACCAAAUGCUGAAAGCCAGAUUAAAAGCCGACGGUGGCACUGCUGAGCAAGGACCCAUGAUAGAAGAGCUGAGUGAACUAUUCUUCACCACCAAGCACGCUGGUACCCUUAUGGACAGUAUCAUCAGCGGCGCAGAAAACUCAAUCCUCCCAAAGAGAGAUGAUUUUGAGACACUAAUAUAGUCAUCAUUUACUGUCAGAGAAAAUGUCAUCUUUGUUUAUCUCACUACUUGAAGAAAUGAAAUAAGUGUUUCCUGAUGUUAUAUGAGGAAAUUUUAAUAAAAUUUUUUUCUAGAUUU